CCUAAAGCAAAACACUGACCAUGAUGUCUUUCCCAAACCUUUCUGUGGCAAAUAUGCCCGUGUAUGUCCUGACCUUCUGGAUUGUAGGACUCGCCAGUGGCUGUGGAGAUCAGCAGACAAAAGAGGAUGGAAUAUGCUGCAACAUGUGUCCGCCUGGUACUUAUUUGGAAGAAUUCUGCUCUUUGAGCAAGCAAACUGACUGUAAACCCUGUGAGAAGGGAUUUUUCUCAGAUCAGUACAGCAAUUUUGACAGAUGCGAGAAAUGCCGGUCGUGCCCAAAAGCUUAUGCUGAGAAUUGCACAGCAACCACAAACGCAAAAUGUGCCUGUAGCCCCGGUUUCCUGUGCUCCAACAGCGACUGCUCAGACUGCGAGGAAAACAAAUGCGUCACGGGAUUCGAACCCAAGAGGAAGGUAAAGUCCUCAAACGGAGGGUUGGAAGAAUAUUCAUAUGAGUGUGAGCCUUUGCCUUUAUGUCCUCAAAAUACUUUCUUCGACGCGGGGAGCUGCAAGCCUCGGACACACUGCGGGACACUUGGACUCGCUGAACGCUUCCCAGGGAACGAAACUCAUGAUUCAGUGUGUGAAAAGCUCAAGUCACAGAGAGGCGAUGGAGACUCCACUCACUUGCUUCUUGGCCUCGGGUGUAUUUUCCUGUCGGUCGCCAUCUUGCUGUUUCUGUCUUACCGCGGCAUUAAGAAACUGAGAAAACACAGAGCAAAUAAAGUCAUUAUGCUGGAAGCUGCUGCUAAAACCGACGACUUUCAGCUGUCGAAGGAGGAGAGCGGACACCUGUUCAUCAUCCAAAAUGAGUCUGAAGACAGUAAAAGUAUGAACUGCCCCAUUUAGGAUGACAUGGUCUGCGUUCCAGCUGAAAUGACUGUAAAAGAUUCUACAGACUCUGCUGUGGUGGUUAUCACUGUUGUCUCUCUGGGGUCUGACCGGGGUCCCCCUGUGUCUGUGUGGGUUCUCAACAGACACUUUAGUUUUCUUACACAGUCCCACAACAUGGAUUUGUUGCAUUGGGAACUACAUUGGCUGUAGGUGUGAGUAUUUGGUUCUAUAGGCGGCUCGUUGUUUCUGUUAGUGUUAGCCUCAUGAUGAAUCGGUACAGGCUCUACUCGACUCGAUUCCCAGUGUUGGCCGGGUGAGAUUCAAAGACCUCAGUCCAUCUGUCAACGGCGUGUAGACUGUCUAUGUUUAUUUGUGUUUAUUUCUUUUAAUUUACAUGUUGUGAAUGCUAUAGACGGGCGACACAGAAAAGUUGACCGCUCGGUCAGAUGGACGUAACACAAGCACAGACGCUCAUGCCUUUAAGUGCCACUGAUCAUGUGAAUCUGUUAGUGGGACUACUGAUCCACUGAGAGUUCUCUGUUUGGAAAGGCUGUAAACAGGUUUCAUGUAACAAAUGCAUGGAAAUAGCUCAGAGAAAUAUGAAACCACUGAAACCGGAAGCUCUGUUACAGUAAAACAAGGUAAACAUUAUUCACACAACUAUUCUUCAAUUUUUUUGAUUAAAGUCCUUUUGAAUUUCUGAAGACUCUACCUCUAUUUUCAAUAGUUAUUUAUUAGCAGUUGUAAAAUUUAUUUUAAUCAUUGUAACUGUACCACACUCUGACCGCUUCUCAUCAGAAAUAGACAACAAAAUAGGCAACAAAGAUUGUUGCUCAUAUUUCAGUAAGAAGUUGCAGAAAAGUAAAAGCUAUAAGCCUGUUAAUGUAAAGAUGCUGAAAUGAGUAGGGUACAGUUUAAAUGCAUCCCAUUAAUCACACAGUAAGUUUGUUUAAAAAAACAGAUUUUACAAUAGGGGAAUUUAAAUCAAAUGUUAAUGUCAGUUUUUGUUUUGCUCUAAGUUCAAAUUAAAAUGUAGGUUGACAUUAGUUCACGAAAUCAUGUAUGUUUCUGUUACUGCGUGCUAAAUCACAGGUGCUUUACAGAUAUAUGUAUGAGUUGACUUAUUCCUUUGAGAAAAAAAAUCGACCUAAUCACAAAGUGUUACUAGUUCUUUUGAAUAAAUUGUGAUGUUUCUCCAGAACUUUCUUACUAUCUAUUCUGUGGGUGAGUUGAUAUGAUGAAAAAAAAGAGUGAAUGCUGUGGGUUAUUUCAGGUAUAAAUCUCAGGUAUCAGGGAUCCAAGUAUUAUACCAAUUUCAAGAUAUUUCAUUACUGACAAGUUUGUGCAUUGAUGUUUGAAUAUUUGUAAAUGUGCAUAUUUCAUGAACAGAAUAUUUAUUUUACAUGGAUGAAUGUGUGGAACGUGUGUUUGUGUGGGAUACAUUGUGGCUCUCUGUUUUUUAAACUUUGUUUUGUUGUAGAUUUUGUUUGCAGUAGGAAUUAGAUGUGAUUCCUUUCUAGUCUCUCUUGGAUGACCAAGCUUCUAUCACGAGAAGUGAGGCCUGCCUCUCUAUGCAUAAAAACUUAUUUUCAGUUGAAUGAAUCUGCAUUCUUACGAAACCUUGUAAAUUUAUUACUUACUGGGAACAUACAUCCACCAAUUUUUCCUCUCAGUUUGUUUUAACGUGUAACAGGGUGGUGGGAAAGGAUGAAACAGGGAAAAAUGCAUCUUAAUUGGGAACUUCCCAAAUAUGGUGUUGUGCAUCAUAGCAGCAGCCCACCCCUCCAUCCAUCCAUCAUCUAGUCAUCACAGGCAGAAAACCACACACACACACACACACACACACACACACACACACACACACACACACACACACGCACACACGUACACCUAGUAGAAAUUUUGGGUCCCUCAUUAAACUCACCUGCAUGUUUGUGGACUGUGGGAGGAAACCAGAGUACCCAGAGGAAACCCAUGCUCAUUUGGGGAGAACAUGAAAACUCUGCAUAGAAAGACCCUGUGGACAUUUCAAACCAUGAACUUCUCUGUGAGGUGAAAGCACAAACCACUGCUCCACCAUGCAAUUUAUUAUUAGUCAAGUGGUAAAAUGAAUCCAACCACUGUAAAGCAUGUGUGAGGGGGCUGGAGUGAAUAUCAUAUUAUAGAUAUAAAAAAAAAAUCAUACACAAUACACAGGUUUCAGGAAGCAGGUUAAUUAUAUCAUAUGAUUAUUGAAUGUGUGUGUGUGUGUGUGUGUGUGUGUGUGUGUGUGUGUGUGUGUGUGUGUGUGUGUGUGUGUGUGUGUGUGUGUGUGUGUGUGUGUGUGUGUGUGUGUGCGCGCGCGCGCUUGGAUGCAUGCAUGGGUGUAAAUAUAGAUCAUUUCCAACAUCAGAUAUUCUUCUUUUGUUUGAAUCUGUAUUUUGUGCAUGUUUUGACAUGUCUGGUAUGAAUU